AUACUAAUCUUCGCAUAAAAAAAAGUGAUGCAGAAAUUUUUGUACCUAAUGCUUUAACGCGUAGACUUUUCUCCAGAAAAAAACGUGGCGGUGCCAUUGCAGCACAAAUCUUGAAAUUGUCCAUUCCUCAAACCCCAAAAAAAGUGACAAAGGAACAAGAGUUGUUUGAGCUGAAUCAAGAAUGGAUCUGCCAGCAGAAGAGCUUCAAUUCUUGACUAUACCUGAUAUUUUUCAAGAAUCAAUCUCCAUACCUAAGAGAUCUCCAAAAACAUUCUACCUAAUUACCCUUACUUUAGUAUUUCCUUUAUCUUUUGCAAUCUUGGCUCAUUCUUUGUUCACUCAUCCAAUCAUUACUCAGCUUCAACAAAACCCAAAUUCAUCUCAUGCUUCUCAAUGGACAAAGCUCAUUGUUUUUCAGUUUUUUUACCUGCUUUUCUUGUUUGCUUUCUCUUUGCUUUCAACUGCUGCUGUUGUUUUCACUGUAGCAUCAAUUUACACUGCAAAGCCUGUCUCUUUUUCAUCUACCUUAGCUGCAAUUCCCAGUGUUUUCAAGAGGCUUUUCAUUACCUUCAUAUGGGUUUCUCUUUCUAUGUUGGCUUAUAACACUGUUUUCUUGAUUUUUCUUGUGCUUCUCAUUGUAGCAGCAGAUACCCAGAAUGUGGUUUUGUUCCUUUUCUCCUUUUUGGUUGUCUUUAUACUCUUUCUUGUAGUUCAUGUUUACUUCAGUGCAUUGUGGCAUUUGGCCAGUGUGGUGUCUGUUCUUGAGCCUAUUUAUGGUAUAGGAGCUAUGAAGAAGAGCUAUCACUUGUUGAAAGGGAAGACAGGAAUGGCAUUUUUCUUUGUUUUUGGAUAUUUGUCUAUUUGUGGGGUAAUUAAUGGGUUUUUUGGGUCUGUUGUGGUGCAUGGAGGUGAAAGUUAUGGUGUGAUUUCAAGGAUUUUGAUUGGUGGGUUCUUGGUUGGAGUAUUGGUGAUUGUGAAUCUUGUGGGGCUUUUGAUGCAAAGUGUGUUUUACUAUGUUUGCAAGAGCUACCAUCAUCAAGGGAUAGAUAAGACUGCUCUCUAUGAUCAUCUUGGUGGAUACCUUGGGGAGUAUGUGCCUCUGAAAAGCAGCGUGCAGAUGGAGAACUUAGAAGGCGGUCCCUUGACGCCAUGAUGGUGAAGGAUCUAUGCAGAUAACAAAAUUGUGGCAGAGCUUUGAAGAUUGCCUUGAUUAUCAGACAGACUAUAGGCCUUUUUCUAUCCUAUAUGUUGAAAUUCAUUCUCUUUUGUGAUAAAAAUUACAGAAACUUUCAUCAGUUUAGUUUACUAUUCAUUAGUCUUU